ACUUUAAAAAGCCACCGCGGCAGCCAGCAGCCACACAGCGCCGCGUUCCGCCCCUUCAUCCCCGUGUGAGCAACAGGUAGCUCCAUAUACGGACCAGAGAGUCCGCUGGCAAAGGGUUUUGCAGAGGGCGCACGGAGGGGCAGUGCCGCCAUGCGCACUCCAUCCGACGCGCCUCUCCUGAGCGGAGGCAACCAGUCCCUGCUGGCUUCCAGCCUCGCCGGAGACCCGACGAUGGGAACCCCUUCCAACUGCACCUCCCUCCACGCGAACGGAUCCGACCCGUUCGCGCGCAACGAGGACGUGGCCCAGAUCGAGAUCAUGGUCCUGAGCAUCACCUUCGUCGUCGCCGUGAUCGGCAACGUGAGCGUGCUGCUGGCCAUGUACCACACCAAGAAGAAGACGUCCCGCAUGCAUCUGUUCAUCAAGCACCUGAGCCUGGCCGACCUGGUGGUCGCCUUCUUCCAGGUGCUGCCGCAGCUCUGCUGGGAGAUCACCUUCCGCUUCUACGGCUCGGACUUCCUCUGCCGCGUGGUGAAGCACCUCCAGGUGAUGGGCAUGUUCGCCUCCACCUACAUGAUGGUGAUGAUGACCCUGGACCGCUACAUCGCCAUCUGCCACCCGCUGAAGACCCUCCAGCAGCCCACCAAGCGCUCCUACGUGAUGAUCGUCUCCACGUGGAUGUGCAGCCUGGUGCUGAGCGUCCCGCAGUACUUCAUCUUCUCCCUGAGCGAGAUCAAGAACGGCUCCGAGGUGUACGACUGCUGGGCGCACUUCGUGGAGCCGUGGGGCUCCAAGGCGUACGUCACCUGGAUGACCGUGGGCAUCUUCCUGGUGCCGGUGGUCAUCCUCAUCCUGUGCUACGGCUUCAUCUGCCGCACCAUCUGGAGGAACAUCAAGUACAAGAAGAAGAAGAAGACAGUGACCGGGGCGGCGGGCAAGAGCGGCUUGAUCGGGAAGUCGUCGGUCAGCAGCAUCAUGAUGAUCUCCAGGGCGAAGCUCAGGACGGUCAAGAUGACGUUUGUGAUCGUCCUGGCGUACAUCGUCUGCUGGGCGCCGUUUUUCACGGUGCAGAUGUGGUCGGUGUGGGACCGGAACUUCCAGUGGGACGAUUCUGAGAACACAGCGGUGACUCUGUCUGCGCUCCUCGCCAGCCUCAACAGCUGCUGCAACCCGUGGAUAUACAUGAUCUUCAGCGGCCACCUCCUGCAGGAUUUCGUGCACUGCUUCUCCUGCUGCUGCAGGCUGAGCGGCGACUACAAGGAGGACUCGGACAGCAGCAUUCGCAGGACGACGCUGCUGACCAGGAUCACCAACCGGAGCCCGACAGGCAGCACCGGCAACUGGAGGGAGCUGGACAACUCCCCGAAAACGUCAGCUCAGACAGAGUAAAACAGCCGCCGGCACCAAGAAACACAUGCAGAGUGAGCUCAUCUGUGGGCAUGCGUGAUUAGGACAAAAAGUCCCACAGACUUAGAAAUCCUAAGGGACAAGAAAGCAUUCUGCAUGGUGAAAAAGAAGCUAAACAAUGUAAAUAAGAAUAUAUAUACAGUAUAUACAGUAUAUAUAUGCUCAGUCCUAUGUGCAUACUAAAAAUUGUUUAUAUACUUUCUAAUAUGUAUACAUCAGAAGUACAUUGCGAAAGGAGGGGAUGUAGUUUUUGCGUCACCUCUUCAACCCACCUGUGAAUAUUCUGGUGCAGCAGAUAAUUGAAUAUUUCAGCGAAAUCUUUCGCAUGCUGAGGGGAGAACCUAGCCGGGGCACAGAUAUUCCUGAGGGAGAUUGAUAUAUAGCAAAAAGAGAAAAUGUUAGCCACUGAAAAAUUAAAGAUGGUCGACAUGGCACUCAAAGAAAAUUUUGUUUUGCACUAAAACUACCAAGAUUUAUCACAGCUGAAUACUCCGCUACAGCGCUAAACCGCUGAGCACUUAAAAAAGAAAAUAAUUGCAGAUGUUAGCGCUAAACCAAACACAUGAAAAAAUUAGCAGAAGCUAAUGAUGAACUGCUAAAUGUAAAAAAACAUUUCUGGAAGCCAGCGCUAAACCAAACAUGAAAAAAAUUAGUAGAAGCUAAUGCUAAACUGCUAAACACAUAGGCAAAAUUUCUGGAAGCUAGCGCUAAACCAAACAUAAAAACAUUAACAGAAGCUAAUGCCAAACUGCUAUACAUAACAAAUUAGUGGAAACUAAUGCUAAACCACUAAGCAUAUGAAAAUAUUUUUUUGAAAGCUUGUACGAAUCCAAACAUAAAAAAAUUGCAGAAGCUAAUGCUGAACUGCUAAACCCAUAAAAAAAAAAUAAGCAGAAGCUAAUGCUAACCUUAAAGACGACUGCCUCUCAGUCUCUGUCACACAUCUUUAUCUCCUUCCAGUUGACGGCUUGUUUGAGAUUCACAAACAGAAAAGUCCUCAGUUUCAGAAUUUGCCACACAUUGUUACUUUAAGGCUGUAUGACCAAAGUCCAAAACAUACGAUGUGACACAAAGUUCAUUGAAGUCAUGAAAAUGGGUAACAUUUUAUGGCAAUAGUUGAUUUAAAAUGCUCAGAUGGCAGCCAUCUUGUAAAAUUACAUCCUGACAUUCAAGUGGCCAAUUGAAAAUAUCCAAAACAUACGACCUAAGGGCAGAGCAUGCAAUGUUUUUAUGCUUGUGUCCAGACGUAGACAAUUUUUACAGUAAUAUGCUGCCCUAUUCUUAGUCUCCCCUCCAGCACAAACAUUCAGCUAUCUCGAUGCUGUCACUGGUGUCUGGGUCUCCCAGCAGAGCUCUUCCCUUUCUGAGUGUUCGCAGAGAUAAAAUAAAGUCACUGCUUCCUGAAGGUGUUCAUGGGUAAAAACAGCCCUCUGGUCUCUAAGUAACCGAGGCAGCCACCGCAUCCUUUGUGUUUGAAUUUCCAUUUUGUUUUUGCUUUUUUUUCUCUCUCUCUCUCCCUCUCUCUUUCUUUUCUUACAACCACAUUUCAGCGGUUUAUGUAAAAAUGGGAAUAAAACCAACCCUUUGACCGAACAUAAAAGCAUUAACAGGAAAAAAGGAAAAAGAUUUGAACAUUAUUUCUUAUAUAUAUGUCUAAGGAGUUGUUUCAUGUUGCGCCGGGCUCUCCUCUCUCAAAUAACGGCUCUCAGUUCUGACGCAGAAACCCACGGAGCCGGCGGGGACACGGACUGUGUGCGGUGAUCCUGACCGCUCUCGGAUGGCGACCCACCCUUUGCGCGCCGUUCCCAUGACUUUCACAGAAUGUCAAGGAGAAGCUCACACAUUCCUCACAUUCCUCCGCUCACUUCCCGAGUUUUUUUUUUUUCCCCUGACAUCCUGCGCUGUUGGGGGCUCUGGUUUUUUUGGCUUUGUUUGCACACAAGACAAAAAGAAUUUCCUGCACUUUAAUAUGACUUGCGGCAUUUUAACGGCGGUCAGACCACAACCACAGAGUCCAACGAAUGUGUAAUUAAUCAAAGUUGUAUAUAUAUAUUACUUUGUGUGCCUGCGUACGUAUGUGUUCUGAAAGUGUAGCCUAAUGUAUAUUUGUAAAUAAAAGGCACUUGAAUAUCUGUAAAUAGAAGUAAUAUAUGUAAAUCUGUCUGUAAUGGCUUUGUGCUCACAUCUUAAAAGAAGAGAUUUACGCUGAAAUACACAUCAAUGUAAUGAACACUAA